AUGCCCAGUAUUUGUUCAGCCGUGCAAGUCAUUGCCACCAAGAUUGCCAUGCUCACAGCAGCUUCCGGCGCAUUCGCUCAGUGCGACCCGUCGAUGCUGUUCUCGUCGAACAACCCAGCGUUUGGCAUCGGUGAUCAGUCGCGAUCCAUCGUGAUAGGAGAUUUCAACGGCGACGGAAACUUGGAUGUCGCAAUCGCCAACAGUUCCAGCGAUGAUGUAAGCAUCUUGAUCAACAACGGCGACGGCAGCUACCAAACCGAGCAACGUUUCGCUGCCGGUGAUGGUCCCAACUCCGUCGCGGUAGGUGACCUCAACAACGAUGGGGUCCCCGAUCUCGCUGUAACAAAUGUGCUCAGCGACAAUAUCAGCAUCCUGCUGGGUGUCGGGACCGGCUCCUUUCAAGCACAGCAACAGUUCAGCGCCGGAGAGAGUCCGCGAUCUGGUGUGAUUGCUGAUCUCAACAACGACGGUAUCUUCGAUAUAGCCGCAGCGAGCACGGAUACCGAUGAAGUGAGCAUCCUGCUCGGAAUCGGCGACGGCACCUUCCAGACUGAAACGCGGUUCAGCACAGGUGACAUUCCUGUUUCAGUCGCGAUCGAUGAUUUGAACCGCGAUGGCAUCCUUGAUCUUGCGGUCGCAAACUUAAACGGCAUUGACAGCGAAGUGAGCGUCCUGCUGGGAAACGGGAAUGGAACCUUUCAACCCGAGCAACGCUACGGCACCGCAGACAGCCCCUCUUUCGUAGCGAUCGGUGAUCUCAACAACGAUGGGUCACCCGAUCUCGUCGUGGUCAAUAGUGGUGCCAAGGGCCUGAGUCUCUUGCUGGGCAACGGCGACGGCACCUUCCAACCAGACCAGUUCCAGUUAGCAGGAACAUUCCCGCAAGCUGUCGCGAUCGGUGACCUCAACGCCGACGGAGCGCUCGACAUCGCCACAGCGAGUCUCGAUUUCUCCACAGGAAAGCUCAGUGUCCUGCUGGGUAAUGGCGACGGAACCUUUCAACCAGAGCAGCAGUUUACUGCAGGCAACGGACCCGCCUCCGUCGCGAUCAGUGAUUUCGAUAACGACGGCGCCCCCGACCUCGCCGUGGGAAACGUCAACAGCGACGAUGUAAGCAUUCUGCUCAACCAGUGUGCCCCAUUCAUCCAAUGCGAUUCUGCUGAGCAGUUCUCGCAGACCAACCCCGAGUUUGAAACAGGUGAUGGACCCCAGUCAGCUGUGACCGACGACUUCAACGGCGAUGGCACCCCUGACAUUGCGACUGCAAAUCAAAUCAGCAACGAUGUCAGCGUCCUGCUGGGCAACAGCGACGGGACCUUCCAGCCCGAGCAGCGAUACAGCGCGGGGACCGCGCCAAGCUCCAUCGCAACCGGAGACCUGGACCUUGACGGGAAGCUCGAUCUCGUGGUCGCGAAUCUUCUGACUAACGAUGUAAGUAUCCUGCUCGGAAACAGCGAUGGAACAUUCCAACCCGAGCAACGUUUGGGCGCAGGCACCGGGCCGCAAUCGGUCUCAAUCGGUGAUCUGAACGGCGAUGGAAUCCCCGACAUCGCCGUUGCGAAUGCAUUUGAUAACAGAGUGGGCGUCCUGAUCGGCAACGGCGGAGGAUUCUUCCAGCCACAAAGAAUUUUCAACGCUGUCGAUCCGCGAUCAAUUGCGAUCGGUGACCUCGAUGGUGAUGGGGAUCUCGACCUAGCCAUCGCGAGUAACAGCACCGAUAGUGUGCGUGUUCUGCUCAACCUCGGGACCGGGACCUUCCAGACCAACCAAAUCCCCAGUGCGGGCGAUGGCCCAAUCUCCAUCGCGAUCGGUGACCUCAACCACGACGGAACUCCCGACCUCGCCGUCGUCAAUCAAAACAGCUUCGAUGUGAGCGUCCUCCUCGGAAACGGGAACGGCACCUUCCAAACGCAGCUGCGAUUCGAUGUUGGCAGCAUCCCAACCUCCAUUACGAUCCACGACCUCAACCGUGACGGCGCACUCGACCUCGCUGUUGCCAACAGCGGUCCCGGAGACGACAUAAGCGUCCUGCUUGGCAAUGCCGACGGGACCUUCCAAACCCAGCAGCGUUAUGACGCCGCCGGAGCUCCAGUCUUCGUCGUGAUCGAGGAUCUCGAUCUCGACGGAACACCCGAUCUUGCUGUAGUAAACAACUCCAGCGAUGACGUGAGCAUCCUGCUCAACCAGUGCCCUACAGCCGUCACAUGCGCCCCCGACCUCACCGGAGAAGGCGACCUCAACUUCCUCGAUGUCUCCGCCUUCCUCGCCGCCUUCGGGAAGCAGGACCCCAUCGCCGACUUCGAGCCCGACGGGAACUUCAACUUCCUCGACGUCUCCGCGUAUCUCGCUGCAUUCGCGGCUGGAUGCCCAUAA